ACGCUCGGGAUAAAAAGGGGAAAAUGGUGAGCGAAAAAUGGACAAAGGACCAAGAAGAGGCGUUGGCGAAGGCGUGGGUACAUUGCUCUACCAACAAAAAAAAGGGCAAUCAACAAAACCGCGAUAGUUUUUGACGUAAGAUUUUAGAGCAUUUUAACAAAACUGUCGGUGGAAGUAACCGGACCGUUCAUUAAGUACGGUCUAAAUGGAACCCGAUGAUGACGAAAAUAAACUUUUUCAACGGCCUAUACCAACAAGCGGAUCGUACACGAGGAAGCGGAUGUAAGGAUCUCGACGUGAUGAAAGUCGCGUUAAAAGAAUUUAAAGAUAGAUUUCCGAACGGUUUUCAACACAUCGAGGCGUGGGAGGUCGUUCGAAGACACGAGAAAUGGACCCAAGUCCCAUUGUUGGGUGAGGAAGGUGAAGGUUCGGCACAUAAAAGAAAGCCCGUUGACGUGGACCCUUCGAUACCGGAUAUGAACGAAGACCCCUCGCCACAAAGACCACAACGGCGAGACAAGCGUCAAGCUACAUCGUCCGAGGGAAGCUCGGCCGAGUUGGCGGCACAAUUCAAAGUGUACACCGCCAUGAAAGAAGCGAAGCAAGCGGUAGAAUUGGAGGCGAUCGAAUUGAGGAAAAAAAGAGAGUCGGAGGCUCGCGAGCUCAUAUCGGAACAACGCGAGACGAUGAAAAACUACAAUUACGAUCGAGAUAUGAAAACAUUCCUUAAGCCGCACGACGAUGUUCCGCCAAGUAUGUUGCCGGUCAUCCUCGCCCGAAAGCGCGAAAUCGCUAACAAGUACGGGUGGCCAUGCGAUUUCUAAAAUUUUAAUUUUCUAGUUUUAAUGUAAUUUUUAUUUUCUACUUUGAAUGUGAUUUUUAUUUUCUAGUUU